CAGCAGAUCGCCGCUUCGUUCGAGCCACUCAUCUGCCGUCCGACCGCCGACCGUCCGCUGCUUCGCGAGGGCACCGAUCUCACUCUGGCCGGUACCAUUCACGUCGACGACGACGACGAUGACGACAACGUCGGCGCCGACCGUGCCAGAACCGGCCGCGACGCCGCCGCGAUGCCUGGCCUAGCAUGCUCCGGGCCUCGAACUGUCGCACUUCACGAAGACGCAGGCAACGUCGCCCCAUUGAACCGCAGAAAGGACGACAGUCCCCGGCUCACGGCGGCUUGUCGUCACGAGCUCGGUCGGGUUAGUGAAAAACUAAGUUACCAUAGUGACCACAGGUGA